AUGAGAUUCGAGCUUCGUGUGUGGGCUAUCCUUGCACAUCAAUACGACUUGCCUCACUAUGUUCUCGACUCGGCGGCGCUUUUCAGCAACCUCUACCUAUGCCAUGGGCGAGCCUACCGAUCACCUCGACGUCGAUUUCGUUCUUGUACAGCUGAAUUACGUAGAAGUGAGAAUACCAUUAGCAGCUUUUUACCAGAGCUUGAGAUCCAGGUAGUGCAUUUUUUCGAUCAGUCCCAAUCGCUUCCGCCAUUUUUCCGUGCUCUUGAUCAUUCAUAUCGAAUUUCGACAGUGAGAAAGCCAGCCAUAACCAUGGACUCGCAUAACGCCGUUCAGUCAGAGCCAAACAGUGAAAGUGUGGAAGUAUCACCUUCUAUAACGAUAGAAGAAAUAGACAGACCAUCCACUAGGUGUGAUGGAUCGAUCGCAGACAUACCGUACGUGGACGACUCCGAUUUUGGAGUAUCACCACGGCCAGUUCUGGAAACGCAGUCUCAAAGUGAGUUUUCUUUGUGA